GAAUCUGGUUCCACCCCUUCCGGAUAGCCCCAGGCGCGGGGUUAUCCUAUUCAGCUCAAAACCUUUCUUUUUCUAGCUGGUCCAGUCCGGUACGCUCCGGGCCUCACCGGGGAAGUCCCACCCUGCAGGGGAACCGACUCUGGCCGGGCCUAGCUCCUCUCAAGCGAGUCCCGCCCCAUCUCCGGUCUGUCCUGAAGGCAGAGGGAAGACCCUCACCCAAACCCUGCCCGCUCCCUUCUAAGGGCGGCUAGUCCUUCUCCACCCCAGGCGCUCCCUCUGGCUGCCCCUCCUAGACGCUCUGAUCUCUCUCCGUCCGCUACUUGCGGUCGAGCCUUCUUGGGGGAGCCCCGCCACUGAAUACCCACUUUGCCAUACUCCCACCUCUCUUACCCCAACCCUGGACUUCCCGUUGGCCCUAGCUAUAAGCCCCGCCCCUCUCCGAGGGACAGCCCCCGCUCCAGUCUCCGCGGUCCCACUCACCCUAGCCCCUCCCUUGGGCAGCCCCUGGGCUUGUGACCCAGCCAGCACCGCCUCUCCUAGUGGCAACUGGCUGGGAAUGGCUGAGGGGCUACCUACUGCUUGCGGCCUGCCAGGGGUAGGAGGGGGGCGGAAAGAAGAAAGGGGGCGGGGUUGAGGGGGGCGGGCCUGGACCUGGGGAGUGAAAGCGAAAGCCCGGGCGACUAGCCGGGAGACCAGAGAUCUAGCGACUGAAGCAGCAUGGCCAAGCCGUGUGGGGUGCGCCUGAGCGGGGAAGCCCGCAAACAGGUGGAGGUCUUCAGGCAGAAUCUUUUCCAGGAGGCUGAGGAAUUCCUCUACAGAUUCUUGCCACAGAAAAUCAUAUACCUGAAUCAGCUCUUGCAAGAGGACUCCCUCAAUGUGGCUGACCUGACUUCCCUCCGGGCCCCACUGGACAUCCCCAUCCCAGACCCUCCACCCAAGGAUGAUGAGAUGGAAACAGAUAAGCAGGAGAAAAAAGAAGUCCCUAAGUGUGGAUUUCUCCCUGGGAAUCAGAAAGUCCUGUCCCUGCUUGCCCUGGUUAAGCCAGAAGUCUGGACUCUCAAAGAGAAAUGCAUUCUGGUGAUUACAUGGAUCCAACACCUGAUCCCCAAGAUUGAAGAUGGAAAUGAUUUUGGGGUAGCAAUCCAGGAGAAGGUGCUGGAGAGGGUGAAUGCCGUCAAGACCAAAGUGGAAGCUUUCCAGACAACCAUUUCCAAGUACUUCUCAGAACGUGGGGAUGCUGUGGCCAAGGCCUCCAAGGAGACACAUGUAAUGGAUUACCGGGCCUUGGUGCAUGAGCGAGAUGAGGCAGCCUAUGGGGAGCUCAGGGCCAUGGUGCUGGACCUGAGGGCCUUCUAUGCUGAGCUUUAUCAUAUCAUCAGCAGCAACCUGGAGAAAAUUGUCAACCCAAAGGGUGAAGAGAAGCCAUCUAUGUACUGAACCCAGGACUAGGAGGAAAAUAAAUGAUCUAUAUGAUGUGUGGA